AUGAAGGCCACCGUCGAAGUGGCGGGCUACACGACCCUCCCACUCCAACUCCCACCAACAUCCACGUACCCAACACCAGCAACCCACUACCUCUACAUCCGCCCCCACGAGCCACGCAUUCCAGACCCAGACUCCACCCGCUCCCUCUUCAUCGUCAACGCCCCAAUCGACACAACAGAAGUCCACCUACGCAACCUCUUCAGUACCCAACUCUCCGCCGGCCGCGUCGAGCGCGUAACCUUCGAAGACGUCCCCGUGAAAAAGCCCGGCCUGGCAACAGCAACAGAACCCAACCUCUCGCACCGCUCCAACAAAAAACGCAAGCGCGUCACCGCAGAUGACCUCCAAGGAACCCUAGACUCCAUCCACGCCCCGUCAACCUGGGACCGCGCGCUCCAAAAAUCCGGCGCCCACGCUAUCAUCGUCUUCGCCGACAAACCCAGCAUGGAAUCCAGCCUGAAAGCCGCCAGCAAGGCCGCCCGCAAGGGCACAACCCUCCUCUGGGGCGACGGCAUCCCGACAGAGCGUGUCCCCGCACUAGGCGUACAGCGAUACCUUUCCCACGAGAAGAGACGGUAUCCCGAGCGGGGCGCGCUGCUGCGCACGGUCAACGACUUCAUGACCGUCUUUGAGCAGGUAUCCGAGGCGCGGAAGAAGGAGGAGUCUAGGAAGGCUGGGGAACCGGAUGAGGAUGGCUUCGUUACUGUUACGAAUGGGCCGAAGUUGAAUUCUGUGGCGCGGGAGGAGGAGAUGAAGGAGCUUGUUGAGAAGCAGAAGAAGAAGGAGGAAGGGUUGGAGGACUUUUAUCGGUUCCAGAGUCGUGAGAAGAGGAAGGAGAGGCAGCAGAUGUUGCUUCGGCGGUUUGAUGAGGAUAAGCGCAAGUUGGAGGAUAUUAAGAUGCGGAGGGGGAAGAUUCGGCCCGAAUGA